GUUACUCUCACAAAUCAAAGUGGCUCGGUGUUCAGUCUUUGCAUCUCCGCGAUGAAGAUGGACGAAGCUCUGCUAGGCGGCGAAACCAGCGACGGUAAACGUUUCACUGGCCGGAGAGACGGACCGGUGCCUAUCCGGGGAAGAUCAGAGGCCAUCACCCACGGCUCGCCUUAUCAGAAAGCCGCUGCGCUUGUUGAUCUGGCUGAAGAUGGUAUUGGUCUGCCCGAGCAAAUUCUUGAUCAGUCAAGCUAUGAAACUCCAGCAAAAUUCUACUUCAUAUUUAUCCACCUUGAUUUCCUGUGGUCCCUUAAUAUUUUUGCUUUAAUAGUUCUAAAUUUCCUUGAGAAACCGCUGUGGUGUGCAGAGUAUUCUGCAUAUUCUUGCAAUCACAGAGAGUACUACUUUCUAGGACAAUUGCCAUACUUAAAUGCUACAGAGUCUCUUGUUUAUGAGGGUGUAACUCUUGUCAUUCUUCUAAUGCAUACCUUUUUCCCUAUUUUGUACGAAGGAUUUCGUUUAUAUUGGAAAAGUCAUCUUAACAAAUUGAAGGUUGCUUUCUUGAUAAUCUUGGUUGUGGAUUUAUUAGUCUAUGUUCUGUAUUUAUCUCCAGUAGCCUUCUAUUCUCUUCCAUUCAGGAUCGCCCCUUACAUUCGGGUUGUAUUUUUCAUGCUGAAUAUCAGGGAAUUACGGGAGAGCGUCCUCAUCCUCGCUGGAAUGCUUAGCACAUACUUAAAUGUCUUGGCUCUUGGGCUUUUAUUUCUUCUAUUCGCCAGUUGGGUAGCAUAUGUCAUGUUUGAGGAUACUGAACAGGGCAAGACAGUUUUUACUUCUUUCGGCACCACAUUGUAUCAAAUGUUUGUUUUGUUCACGACAUCGAACAAUCCUGACGUCUGGAUACCCGCAUAUAAGGCUUCACGUUGGUAUUGCCUAUUUUUUCUUCUGUAUGUUCUAUUGGGCGUUUACUUUGUCACCAAUUUGAUCCUUGCUGUUGUGUAUGACAGCUUCAAAAGUCAGCUUGCAAAAAUAGUGGUUCAGAAGGACCAAAUGAGGAAAAGGAUAUUGGGGAAAGUCUUCAAUCUCGUUGAUAAAUAUCAUCUUGGAUUUCUGGACAAAGAUCAAUGUAUCCAGUUGUUUGAAGAACUUAAUAAAUACAGGACCAUGCCAAAAAUUUCAAGAGAAGAUUUUGGGUUGAUAUUUGAUGAGUUGGAUGACAGCCACGACUUCAAGAUUAAUUCAGAUGAAUUUGCUGACCUUUGCAAUGCCAUUGCACUAAGAUUUCCAAAGGAGGAUUCAAUACCUAUCUUUGAAAAUUUUCCAACAUUCUACCAUUCCCCCUUAUCUAAAGAGCUGAAAGCCUUUGUUCGAGGCCCAAAGUUUGGCUAUACAGUAGUCUUUGUCCUCAUCCUGAACUUGGUAGCUGUGGUAAUUGAAACGACGCUUGAUAUAGAGAAUAACUCUGGCCAAGAAUUUUGGCAAAAGGUAGAGUUUGUCUUUGGGUGGGUUUAUGUUGUGGAAAUGGCAUUGAAAGUUUAUGUAUAUGGGUUUGAGAACUAUUGGAGGGAUGGUCAAAAUCGAUUUGAUUUUAUUAUCACGUUGGUCAUUGUUAUUGGAGAAACAGCAACUUUCUUGUCCCCCAAUGGACUGACUUUUCUUUCAAAUGGGGAAUGGAUCCGUUAUCUUCUUCUUGCAAGAUUGUUAAGAUUAAUUAGGCUCUUGAUGCAUGUCCAACGUUACCGUGCCUUUCUUUCGACAUUCUUGACCCUCAUUCCAAGUUUAAUGCCAUACCUGGGAAUCAUAUUCUGUGUGCUGUGUAUCUAUUGCUCUCUUGGUUUACAGAUCUUUGGCGGUAUAGUCAAUGCCGGCAAUCCCAAUUUGGAAGGAACAGAUCUUGCUGAGGAUGACUACCUACUUUUCAAUUUUAAUGACUACCCAAAUGGAAUGGUGACACUUUUCAAUCUACUUGUAAUGGGAAACUGGCAAGUAUGGAUGCAGAGCUACAAGGAAUUGACGGGAACCUCUUGGACAUAUGCCUAUUUCAUUAGCUUUUAUCUAGUAACAGUUCUACUGCUUUUCAAUUUGGUUAUAGCUUUUGUCUUGGAGGCAUUCUUUUCUGAAAUAGAUCUUGAAAAUUCAGAGACAUCCGAAGGCACAGAGAAGGAAGGAGGAAAGGACAGGCGGCGCUCUAUUGGCUCAAAAACACGGAGUCAAAGAAUUGAUAUUCUUCUCCACCGCAUCUUAAGCUCAGAGCUGGACCAAACACAACAUUCCAGUGCAUAGAUAUCCCUUGCAUCCUUUCUGGCUUGAUGAUUCAGACUAAGCAUGAGAUAUGUUCCAUGGCACGGCCUAUUCUAGGAAGCUCAAUUCUGUGUGUAAGCCAGAUGUGAAUGGUCCAUACUGGCUUUUUGCUUGCACGCGAGGCAAUGGAAGAAUGGUAUUUUACCAGGAUCAAGCUGUGUUACCAUUACGUUUCCUUUUCUUUUUAUUGUUUGUUUGGCUAAUGUAUUGCUUGUUGUACGGCAUUCUCUAAUCUGAGGAAAAGUCAUUUAGUAGUGGGAUUCAUUUUGAUAAGAUCUGUGUAAGAAACUUAGUUGCCGAUUACGGUCUGUUUGAACUGAGGGCAAGCUCUAGGUUGGUUGGGGGAAUGGUUUCUGUGGGCUUUAGUUCAGUGGAUUUCAAAAGGCUUGGCUUUUCUUUUUUCUGAAAUUGGUACUAUUUAUAAAAAGUUUAUUAAACUGCAA